AUGCACUUCGCAGAAAUAUUAUUCGAGGAUCCACGGCGCUCGAUACAGUGGGAGAAAAUCCGGGGCAUUGCAGCGGAGUGGCGCAGAAUAUUCCCAAAGCUUCGAGGAAUGCCGUGUCCAACGGAUGUCUACUCUUCGUAUAUGCAGGAAGAUGAAUUGAACGAAGAAUCAGGAGACAGGGCUAGUGUGGAUACCGAUGAAGAGAUGUCAGGUUUGAACGAAGAAUCAGAAGGAGAUAGUGUGAGUGCUGAUGAUGAGAUGUCACUAAGUGAGCCCGGGCUUGACUUUAACGACUACGAGUCUACUUCUGAUGGCCGUUUCCGAACUAGACGUGUACUCCUCAACCGCUAA